AUGAAGGGGCUGAGCACGACGGCCUGGCUGCUGGCCAUCUUCCUCACUCUGUGCGCCGGUCCGAAGUGGCCAGGGUGCGACGCGGCCGACAUCAGCGGGGAGGGUCGGGCAUGGCUCCAGGGCCUCCACACCACCCUGUCCAAUUCCUACGUCUUCACCCAGGACAGCGCCACCAUCAUCUACACGCCCACGACCGACCUCGACGCCGCGUUCGCCUCGCUGGGCCGCGGGCGCAUCGGCUUCGUCAGUACCCCGGCCGUGCUGGGCUCCACCCGCUCAACUGGCCAGGCCCAGCGGGGAGUACUCCACAGUGUGCCCCUCGCCGCCACAGCCAUGGUCAUGGCCUACAACGCCUCCGAGCUCGGAGGCCAACUGGUGCUCGACGUGGCCUCAACGGCGGCCAUGUGGCGGGGGGACCUGACGACGUGGGACGACUCGCGCCUGACGGCCCUCAACCCGUGGCUUGCCGCGACAGGGCCUGUGCGACUGGUCUACUGCGGCGACGCCGACGGCGAGGGCGACCUCCUCCUGCGCUUCCUGGCUCGGGUCGACCCCGACCUGGCUGCGCUCCUCGCGGGCGGCGCCGGGUUUGCCGGGCUGGAGCCGGUCCAGGCCGGCCGGGCGGUCCAGGCCUGCUCGACCGAAGACAAGCUGGCGGCCAUAGCCACUGGAGGCGAGUCCCCGGCGCUGGCGUUCAUGAUGCUCCCCGAGACGCUGGGCCGCGACGAGCUGGGGCUGGCCAGCAUGCGCGUCACCGACAAGACCGGAGCGCUGGUGGUGGUCGCCGUGGCCGCCGGGGCGCAGCUGACGGCCGUGACUAACGCCAUGGCGCUCACACCGCAGUCGUUGCGCGACAUCGUCAACGACGGCACCAACGCGUCGUGGCCGCUGGCCGCCGUCGUCUCAGCCGUGGUCGAUUCCGACCUGGGCCUGGCGAUCAACAACUGCUACAUGAUCAAGCACGUGUUCGACUUUGCCAGCUGGCUGCAGGUCAACGACGGCGCCAUCGCGCAGCUCGGGCCGCUCGGCUACGCGCCCCUGGGACCCUACCAUCGGCGCAUGACCCUCGAGCAGAUGACCGAGGUGACCUGCAACAACAAGACCGUGGUCUCUACCUCUUACCUGCUCGGCUCGGGGCCGCCGUUCGAGGUCUACAACGCGCUGGCCGACGAGUACUCGUCGGCCGGCUUCCUGCUCAAGUACUACGAGAGCGCGUCGUCGCUGCAGGCUAUCACCGACAUGAUCGACUCGUCGGCCGACUUUGGCACCUCGGGCGCCACGCUCACGCCCGAGCAGAGCGCCCUGGUGCCCGACGCCGUGGCGGUGCCGAUGAUGUCCUACGGCAUCGUCUUCGCCUACAACCUGCCGGGGCUGCUCGACCAGCCCCCGCUGGUGCUCGACUUUGCGACCGUAGCCGACAUCUACAUGGGUCGCGUCGGCGCAUGGAACGACUCGCGCAUCGCUGCGCUCAACCCCUCCAUCGCGCACCUGCUGCCUGACGAGCCCCUGAUCGUACUUUACGUGACGACGGCCCAGGUGCUCAUCAGCCUGGCCAACACGGCCAUCAGCCACGAGGUGCCCGAGUACGCCGCGGCCGUGGGCAACUCGAGCCGGUCGGACAUCUACCCCGUGGUCUCGCUGGCGCCCAACCGCACCCUGGCCGUGCCCAACCUGGGCGCCACCCAGGCCGCACUCAACUCGGUGCCGUACCUGUUCGGCGCCAGCAACACCUUCGCGGCCGGCACGCGGCCCAACAUUGCCAUGGCCUCGCUCGUCGGCGGGUUCUCGGCGGGCCGCGCGCUGGCGCCCACCAAAGCCACCAUCGUCAACGCCAUCUCCAACGCGACCGACCCGAGCUCGCAGCAGAUCUACUUUGCGCCCGGCGCCGAGAGCUGGCCCGUGGUGGCCACCAACGCCUUCAUCGUACGCACCCGGUCGAUGCCGAGCGUGGUCAAGGCCCGCGGCCUGGCCGAGUGGAUCUACUGGAUCCACUCCUCGGAGGCGGGCCAGACCAUCGCCGACGCGCACCAGGUCAUCCCCUCGGGCAGCUCGCCGGUGCUCAUGCGCCGCAUUACGGCCGCGGUAGUCAACAUCACUGUCGACGGGGUCGCGGUGAGCCCCCUGGCCGGCUGCGCCGACGCCGCAUCGGGCGUGCUGUGCUCGGAGCGCGGCAACUGCAGCUCGGCGGGCCGGUGCGUCUGCGAGGUCGGGUGGCACGGCGACCUGUGCGAACUGGCAGCGGCCAGCGGCGACGGCUCGAGCGACACGACGGCGUUGACUGUGGCCCUGUCGACGGUGGUGCCGGCAGCGGUGGUGGCCCUGUGCCUGCUCGCGGUCUGCUCGGCCCUGGCGUUGCUGGUGGUCCACCGGCGAGGGCGGCUUGACAACUACGACUGGGAGAUCGACCCGGCCGAGCUCGAGCUGGGCGACCAGCUGGGCGCGGGCGGCUACGGCGUGGUGCACAAGGCCCUGUGGAAGGGCACCGAGGUGGCGGUCAAGAUGAUCGGCGGCGACGCGGUGGCCUACGGCAGCGUCCAGGUGGCCAACUUCCGGCGCGAGGCCCAGGUCAUGUCCGCCCUGCGCCAUCCAAACGUGGUGCUCUUCAUGGCCGCCUGCACCAAACCACCCAAGAUGUGCAUCGUCAUGGAGUUCAUGUCCCUCGGCUCCCUCUACGAUUUGCUCCACAACGACCUCAUCGCGGACAUUCCGAUGCUGCUGCGGCUCAAGAUCAUCUACCAGGCGGCCAAGGGCAUGCACUUCCUCCACUCGUCGGGCGUCGUGCAUCGCGACCUCAAGUCGCUCAACCUCCUCCUCGACUCCAAGUGGAACGUCAAGGUCUCCGACUUUGGGCUCACCAGCUACAAGGAGGCCCUCAUCGCCGGCCGUCGCAACAGCGGCGGCGGCGGCGGCGGGGUGGUCGGCACAGUGCAGUGGACCGCGCCCGAGGUCUUGGCCGACCAGACGACUGUCGAAAGCCCCGACGGCGUCGGCCGCGUAGACACCUUCAUGCGCGCUGACGUGUACUCGCUCGGCGUCGUCAUGUGGGAGGUGCUGACCCGGGCCGCGCCCUACGAGGGCCUGCUGCCGGCCCAGGUGGCAGUGUGGGUCAUCAAGUACAACACGCGGCCGAGCGACCUGCCCGACGCCGGCGGCAAGCCCGAGGCCGCCGCCAACGAGAUGGAGCGCGAGACCCCGACCGUGCGGCCCUGCUUCCUCGACGUCAUGACCCGCGUCUCGCAGAUCUCGGGCGACACCAUCACCGGCGCCACCACCACCUCGGGGCAAAGCAGCAGCAGCAGCGCCGGCCUCAGCAGCGCCAUUGCCGCCACGCCCUCCACCACCACCAGCCAUAGCAACCAGUCGCGUAGCGACACCUCGGACGACGGCACCGUGGCGGUGGCGGCCCCAGGCCGCAUGCCCAGGGCCGAUGUGUGCUUCGUCGUGUGCGAUCUGGCGCGGCUCGAUGCGGUGUGGCACCGCGACCCGGCCGCGGCGCGGGAGCUAAUCCGGGCCUACAUCGACAUCGUCCGACAGGCCGGCCGCCGGCACCGUGGCCACCUCUUCUCGCGGCCCAUCUACCACAGCGGCGGCACGUUCCUGCUGGCAUUCGAGCGCUGCGCGGCGGCGCUCGACUUUGCACUCGACGUGCGGGGUGCGGCCCAGAGCGCCAAGGCGGCAGCGGGCGCGGCCGUGGACCACCUGCGUAUCGGCAUCGCGCAGCACCCGGGGCCGAGUCCGCCGGGGGCCGACGACCCGUUUAGGCGGGGCUACCAGGAGUCGUGCUAUGCCGCGGCCUGCCGCAUGUGCACGUCGAGCGCCACGGGCCACGGCGCCAUCGUGUGCUCGGCCGACCUUGCGCGCCAACUCGCCGCUCCGCCGGGCCUGCGCUUCGUAAGGCGAGGCGAGACGGCCAUAUUGGUGGACAGCCAAAGCAAUGGUGGUGGUGACGGCGAAGAUGACGACGACGACAACGACAACGACAGCGAAGAAGAUGGUAACGACCACCAGCAGGGCGGCCUGUGCUCAUCGAACAUGUGUUCGUUCAUCAUCAGCACGGACAAGCUGGUCAGGAGCGACGUCAAGCUGGGCUCGGGCGGCUACGGCCGGGUGUGGAAGGGCACCUACGGCGGCCAGACGGUGGCCAUCAAGACCCUGCACGGCGGCCAAAUGGACGAGGCGCAGCUCCUGGCCAUACGCGAGGAGGCCGCCAUGCUCUACAACGUCGACCACCCCUACGUCGUGCGGUUCAUCGGCCUCGCCCUCUCGACCCGCGACGCCGGGUGCGGCCCCAUGCUGGUGAUGGAGUACCUCAAGGGCGGCAACCUCGAGCAGCUGCUCGAGAACUCGUCGCGCAAGCUGAGCUGGGCCGACCGAAUGCGAAUGCUGUGGACCGCAGCGCUGGGCCUCGAGGCCCUCCACACCGAGUUUGGCAUCGUGCACCGCGACAUCAAGCCCUCGAACCUGCUCGUGGACAAGAUCAACGGCAGCUACGCGAUCAAGAUCGCCGACUUUGGCUUCGCGGCGCACACCCACGGCAACACCACGGUGGCCACCACCCAAGCGGGCGGCACCCCGCUGUGGACCGCGCCCGAGUUCUACGCGCCCGCGACCGACCACCCAUCAUCACCAUCAUCGACCACCGUGCAACCGCAGAUCACGAACAAGGCCGACGUGUUCUCCUUCGCCAUGGUCAUCUGGCAGGUGCUCACCCGCAAGCUGCCCUACGCGGACGAUCACGACGGAGGCAACGGGGGCGACCACCAGAGAAGAAACCUGCACGGCGUGAUCGAGGCCAUUCUGGCCAACCGCCGCCCACCGAUCCCGAGCGACUGCCCACCAGAUCUGGCGGCCCUCAUCAAGAAGUGCUGGCACCGCAACCCGGCCAAGAGGCCCGAUAUGACCGCAGUGAGUAUGUUCUUUGGCGGCAUGGUGGGGAUGAGUGAGCCAUGA